UUGUGUAACUUCAACAUGAAGGCAGCAAUUUGCAUUUUGCUCUUCGUCCUCGUGGGAUACAUUCAGGCAAGGAUCACUUACGAUGACGUACUUGACGCGGAAUUUGAACUCUUCAAAGUGGAGCACAAGAAAAGCUACGAUAACGAAUACGAAGAACAACUGCGUCUGCAGAUCUUUAAGGACAAUAAGAAUCUAAUCGACAGACACAACAAGCGUUAUGCAGCAGGAGAGAAGACUUACAAGAUGGGUGUAAAUAAAUUCACUGAUUUGACUUCCAAGGAAUUCAAAAGGCUUAUGCUCACAAGUCUUAAUACAAAUCAUUCACAAGAAGGCUUCGACUAUAUUUAUAAUCCUUCUGCCAAGGAUAGCCUCCCAAGAAGCAUUGAUUGGCGUACUUCGGGCGCUGUAAACCCAAUUAAAGAUCAAGGCCGUUGUGGCUCUUGUUGGGCUUUCUCUGCUAUAGGCUCACUGGAAAGCCAUUACUUUAUACAGAAAGGAAAGAGUGUAUCCCUGUCCGAGCAAAAUUUGGUUGACUGCUCAAGAGGCUAUCCCUACAACAACAACGGCUGCUCAGGGGGAUUGCCAAUUAGCGCAUUGAAUUAUGUUAAGGAUAACGGUGGAAUUGAUACUGAAAGCUCUUAUCCGUAUGAAGGGAGAAACGACUAUUGCCAUUUCAAAAGGAACAACAUUGGAGCAGAAGUUUCGGCUGUUGUAAAAGUUGAAAGUGGAAAUGAAGAAGCAUUGGCAUCCGCCGUUGCCAAUAAGGGACCCAUCUCAGUAGGCGUCGACGCUUCCCUUUUUCAUCUUUAUGAGGGUGGCGUCUUCAAUGAACCGUUGUGCACUCAACAACUGAACCAUGGUGUAGUUGUCAUUGGCUACGGCACCGAUCCAGAUGAAGGAGAUUAUUGGCUGGUGAGGAACUCUUGGGGUGAGAAUUGGGGAGAAAAAGGAUACAUUCGCAUGGCUCGCAAUCGCAACAAUCAAUGCGGUAUAGCACUAUAUCCAGUUUAUCCGUUAGUGUAAAAGGCACUUUCGUAUUAUUUUCUUUGCAAAUCAGUAAUUAAGACGAAUGUAACUAAUA